CAGUGCUGUGAUCACGGGGGUCUUGGCCAAGGUGUUGAAAACAGAGUUUGUGGGGGGUGUUGGUAGUCAUGUGUCAUUAUGUGCAUGCCAGUCUCCAUCAAAGCAUGGAUGACAUCACCAUCAAUAAUGAAGAUAGCUCAUCAAUGGCCAACAGGAGGGGGCUUGUGCGUAUAAAGAGAGGACGUUUAGCCCCAACGCAAAAAUACAACACAUGGACCCAUUCGCUAUACAGCAGCUACAAAAUAUCAAACUAGUCAACUAAAAGAUAACAAGUCUUGGUAUCAUUAUGUCAUCCAUACGUUCAUUGGAGAAAACUAUUUUGGUCAUUGUGCUGUGGGGUCUCUGCAGUUUGCUGUAUCUGGAGGGUUUACCAGUCAGCAAGAGGUCGAUCAGUGAAGUUCAGCUCAUGCACAACGUUCGUGAGCACAAGCAGGUGCUAAACAGACAAGACUGGCUUCAGCUGAAACUCAACAAUAUCCUCAUACCUUCAUCAAAUGACUCCCAAAAGGAGCAAAAAGGAAAAAAUGAUGUCUCAUCCAGUAAGCGUUUAAGAAAAGGGGAAAGUGCAACAUGGAUCUUGAAGUGACAAAAUGAUCACUUUGAAAAACUGAUUAAGUAAAUAAUGAAAAGUGUUCAACGAGAGUGCAGGAAGAGGACACAGUAAGUGUCUAUUAAAAGAAGUGCUGUUUUUGCAGAGCACGCUGUCUUUUUUAUUUAUUUUCAGCAUUUUAAUUUAUUUUAACAUAUAUUUAUUUAUUUAAAUAUUAAAAUAUGUUCAAAUCAUGUGUAGGGCAUACUGUACACAUGUCUUGUAGUUGCUUUGUCACUGUUCUCUUUUCUGUGUAAAAGGAAUUUAAAAAAUGUAUUUUCACAAGAUUUAUUUUCAGAAACUUUUUUAUGUAUUUUUUUUAAAUAACUUUUUGGACAACCAACGAUUGCACUAAAAUGUGGACCAACCUGUUUCACAGUGUUCAGAAAUUACGUGUUUAAACUUUUUCUUUCUUUCUUUCUUUCUUUCU